CUAAUUUCUGCAUUCGGUCACACUGCCCAGAACUACUUCAAGCUGGUAAACAUUUAAGCAAUAAAUUAAAAUAAAAAUGAGUGGAGCUCACAGAGAGGCGAUCCAAAAGCAAAUCCACCAGGACUGGGCGAACAGGGAAUAUAUUGAAGUGAUAACUGCCAGCAUAAAGCGUAUCACAGACUUUCUGAACUCGUUCGAUAUGUCCUGUCGCUCUCGUUUGGCGGUACUAAAUGAAAAACUAACGAUCCUUGAAAGGCGCAUAGAUUAUUUAGAGGCGUGUGUGGCCCAAGGUGAAACAUUAACGUAAACGCUCGUAUGUUUUGCCAUCAAUAUAUCACUAAGCUUUGUACAUUUAUAAGAUAAUUAAAAACUAAUGAUUUAAAAUUUAA